AUAGAUGCUAUUGUCCUGUAUCAGGGAAAGCAGCAACAUAUCUAACACUCCCAUUCACUCAGUUCACUUCAGCAAACACUCAUUCUUCUACCAUGAACCCACCAACAAGCUCCAUCAGGUUCCAGGUCCACAGGCGUGAACCUGAACUAAUCGUCCCGGCCAAGCCCACCCCUUACGAGUUCAAGCCAUUAUCGGACAUAGAUGACCAAGAAGGUCUCCGAUUCCAUAUUCCUGUCGUACAAAUUUAUAAACAUGAUCCUUCAAUGCAAGGAAAGGACCCUGUUAAGGUGAUAAAAGAGGCGCUUGCUAAAGCGCUAGUGUUUUACUAUCCAUUUGCUGGUAGGCUCAGAGAAUGGCCUAACCGCAAGCUUGUAGUGGAAUGCACCAGCGAAGGGGUCUUGUUUAUUGAGGCUGAUGCUGAUGUUACUCUUGAACAAUGCAGAGAUGCACUUCAACCUCCACUUCCCUUAUUGGAUGAGCUCCUCUUUGAUGUCCCUGGCUCUAGUGGUGUGAUUAAUUGUCCUUUGUUGCUUAUUCAGGUAACACGCUUCAAGUGCGGUGGUUUUAUUUUUACACUUCGACUCAAUCACACUAUGAGUGAUGGCUUCGGUCUAGUCCAAUUCAUGACGGCAGUUGGAGAAAUGGCACGUGGAAAACAAACCCCUUCUAUCUUUCCAGUAUGGGAAAGACAAGUCCUUGAUGCAAGGAACCCACCAAUUACAACAUGCACACAUCCUGAAUACAAUGAAAACAAUCGUACAGUGGUUCCAUUCCCACUCGAUGACUUAGCUGAGGAAGCAUUCUUUUUUGGACCUACUGAAAUAUCAGCUCUUCGAAGACAUGCCUCUUCUCGUCUCUGUCGCUGCUCCACGUUCGAAAUACUAACAGCUUGUCUUUGGAAAUGUCGUACUAUUGCUUUGCAGCCGAACCCUACACAAGAAAUAAGAAUGAUAUGUCUUACCAAUGCACGCGACAAAUUUGAUCCUCCAUUAAUACCAAAAGGGUAUUAUGGCAAUGGAUUUGUGCUUUCAACCGCGGUAACAACUGCUGGAGAACUCUUAAAAGAACCGAUGAAUUAUGCAAUAGAAUUAAUAAAAAGAACUAAAGCGAAUAUGACUAGAGAGUACGUGCAAUCAGUGGCUGAUACAUUGGUGAUUAAGGGUAGACCUCUUUUUCCCUUAGAAGGAACAUACAUAAUAUCGGAUGUGAGACAUGCGAAAUUUACAGAGGUAGAUUUUGGAUGGGGCAGAGCGAAAUAUGGUGGUCCUGUCAAAGCCAUUCCAAUGUUAUCCAGCUUUUGUGUACCAUUCGAAAAUAAGAAAGGAGAAAAUGGAUUCAUAUUGCCAAUUUGCUUGCCAGCCCAAGCGAUGAAACGAUUUGCAAAGGAGUUGAAAAUUCUGUUGCAGGACAAGCCGGUUGAUAGUGCGGUCAGAUCAUUGCAUAAACAGUUGGCUUUGUAAUUAAAGGGCAACGAAAUUAUGUUGAUACUCAGGUAUCAAAUUAGAUAUAUACGAAAUCAUUGUGUCUUCAAUGAAUGAUCAAUAAAACUCGAAGCUAAGUGAAGUGGUAAGAAUGUUCUGUUUCUGAAAAGAGAGAGAUGAAGUUCAAAUCCUGUCUUCUGUUGUCACUUUUAUAAUGAUUAGUGAAGGAUAGUUAGUUGCUGUUUUGUAGCUGAAGUAUUCCAUGUUCAGUACAUAUUUUCAAGAAAUUAUACUCUGAGCAGCAAAACCCACUUCAA